AUGGACCUGGACAGGGCGCCCCGCGAGGUGUCAGAGGGUAGCGUUGGCUGCAAGGCCGACGCCGUCGCCACCUUCUGGAGCCAAGUGAGAUUCUCCACGGUCAGCUCAACACAUGGCACCCUCAAUGGCAUGAGCUCCACGGUCAUCUUCAUAUUGAAGGCAACUUUGGUCGAGAAGGGCGGGAAGAUCGCGCUGGAGACAUCGAUGUCAACCUUGGCGUACACGCCGCGGUGCUCCGUGGGCUCCGUCACGAUGUCGACCAUCUCGCCCGCUGAUUUUGAUCUCGCCCUCGUCGUAUGGCGGCAAGAAGCCGUGGGAUUCCUUGACAAGGUCUCCGUUGAACUCGAGUGCCUCGGCGUGGAGCUCGCGCGCCAGCGCUGGGCGGCCAGCCUGGUGGCCGCGGCGGCGGCGGGCAGUGCGCAGGCCGUCUCCGAGCUGCUGGUGGCGCCGCCGCCGGGGCCGGCGGAGGGCCUCCUGGACGUAGACGCCAACCUGCCCCCCAGCGGGCAGUUUCCGAACGUCACCGCCGCCUAUGCCGCCGCGCUGCACGGCCACGCGGACGUGCUGAAGCUGCUCCUCGAGGCGGGGGCGGACCCGAACAUCAAGGGCGUCAAGUCCAGCCAGUGGGACGGCGCCUUCACGCUCACGGAGGCGGACACCGCCCUCGUCGUCGCGUGCAAGGAGGGCCACCUGGACUGCGUCGAGGGGCUCCUGGCGUCCGGGGCCGACCCCAACGUGGACUGCAGCUCGGAGUACUUCGAGGGCGCGGUCGAGUGGGGCGACGAAGACGACGGGACCGAGCAGUUCUUCUACACGGCGCUCGACGUCACCGACAGGGCCUCCGUGGGGUCGGACAAGGACCCCGAGCACUGGAGGCAGCUGCGCGCCCUGCUGGUCAGCCACGGGGCGCGCCACACCACGCAGCUGCAGCUGGCCAAGCGGCAGGGCGUGCGGGUGAAGGUCACUUCGGGCUCCCGCAUGGGCGCGUGA